GCUGAUGCCUGUCAAAGCCGGAGCCGCCGCGCUCUCGCGAGAGCCCGCCCGGCUGUAGCCACGGGAUGCGGGGCUCAGGUGCGCGCAGAGCGCAGCGCAGCGCGCCCGGCGCCGGGCAGCGGCAGGCAGCGGAGUGAGGAGAGGCGGGGGCCGCAGGGAGCCCACCCCAGCCCCGGCCCCGGCCACCCCGGCAGAGGCGGCCGAGGGGGCAGGGUCCCCGGAGCCGCCACCGCCACCGCCGCCGCCGCCGCCGCCGCCGCCGCCGCCGUCGUCGUCGUCCUCGGCAUCCCCCCCCCUCCCCGAGCCCCGUCGGGAGGAGAGCGCCCCGAGAGCACUUUUGCCCCGACUUGAGGAGUGUUUGUGGAUUUACAUGCCAAGCCUUCAAGAUGAUGUCCAUGAACAGCAAGCAGCCGCAUUUUGCCAUGCAUCCCACCCUACCUGAGCACAAAUACCCCUCUCUACACUCCAGCUCGGAAGCAAUAAGAAGAGCAUGUCUACCAACUCCACCGCUGCAGAGCAAUAUCUUCGCCAGCCUCGAUGAGACCCUGCUGGCGCGGGCCGAGGCUCUGGCCGCCGUCGACAUCGCCGUGUCGCAGGGCAAGAGCCACCCCUUCAAGCCCGACGCCACCUACCACACCAUGAACAGCGUGCCCUGCACCUCCACCUCCACCGUGCCCCUGGCGCACCACCACCACCACCACCACCACCACCACCAGGCGCUGGAGCCCGGCGACCUCCUCGACCACAUCACCUCCCCGGCCCUGGCCCUCAUGCCCGCCGGGGGGGGCGGCGGAGCCGGCGGCGGCGGCGGCCACGACGGGGCGGGCGGCGGCGGCGGCGGGGCCGGCGGCGGCGGCGGGGGAGGCGGCGGCGGCGGCGGCGGCGGCGGCGGGGGCGGCGGGGGCCUCAUCUCGUCGUCGGCCCACCCGCACCCGCACAUGCACGGCCUGGGCCACCUCUCGCACCCGGCCGCCAUGAACAUGCCGUCGGGGCUGCCGCACCCGGGGCUGGUGGCCGCGCACCACGGCGCGGCGGGGCAGGUGGCCUCGGCGGCGGCCGUGGUGGGGGCGGCCGGCUUGGCCUCCAUCUGCGACUCGGACACGGACCCGCGGGAGCUGGAGGCCUUCGCCGAGCGCUUCAAGCAGCGCCGCAUCAAGCUGGGGGUGACCCAGGCCGACGUGGGCUCGGCGCUGGCCAACCUGAAGAUCCCGGGCGUGGGCUCGCUCAGCCAGAGCACCAUCUGCCGCUUCGAGUCGCUCACCCUGUCCCACAACAACAUGAUCGCCCUCAAGCCCAUCCUGCAGGCCUGGCUGGAGGAGGCCGAGGGCGCCCAGCGGGAAAAAAUGAACAAGCCCGAGCUCUUCAACGGGGGCGAGAAGAAGCGCAAGCGGACUUCCAUCGCCGCCCCGGAGAAGCGCUCCCUGGAGGCUUACUUCGCCGUCCAGCCCCGGCCCUCCUCCGAGAAGAUCGCCGCCAUCGCCGAGAAAUUGGACCUCAAAAAGAACGUGGUGCGGGUUUGGUUUUGCAACCAGAGACAGAAGCAGAAAAGGAUGAAGUUUUCCGCCACCUACUAAAAAAAAAAGAGAAAAAAAAAAAAAAAAAAAGAGGGGAGGGGGGCCGGGAGGGGCGGCCCCGGCUGCGGGGAGAGGGACUGUGGUUUUUUUUUUGGGGGGUGGGGGACACGCGGGGAC